AUGACUCGGGAAUAUCCAGUUCAGAGAAGCGAGCAGAAGGUCAACAUCUGUGAGUCCCUGGAGUGCCUCAACCUUGAGUGCCUACCCUUGGAGUGCCUACCCUUGGAGUGCCUACCCUUGGAGUGCCUACCCUUGGAGUGCCUCAACCUGGAGUGCCUACCCUUGGAGUGCCUACCCUUGGAGUGCCUACCCUUGGAGUGCCUACCCUUGGAGUGCCUACCCUUGGAGUGCCUACCCUUGGAGUGCCUCAACCUGGAGUGCCUCAACCUGGAGUGCCUCAACGUUGAGUGCCUCAACGUUGAGUGCCUCAAGCUGGAGUGCCUCAAGCUGGAGUGCCUCAAGCUGGAGUGCCUCAAGCUGGAGUGCCUCAAGCUGGAGUGCCUCAAGCUGGAGUGCCUCAAGCUGGAGUGCCUCAAGCUGGAGUGCCUCAAGCUGGAGUGCCUCAAGCUGGAGUGCCUCAAGCUGGAGUGCCUCAAGCUGGAGUGCCUCAAGCUGGAGUGCCUCAACCUGGAGUGCCUCAACCUGGAGUGCCUCAACCUGGAGUGCCUCACCCUGGAGUGCCUCACCCUGGAGUGCCUCACCCUGGAGUGCCUCACCCUCCACUCGUCAGCCGGGUUGUGA